GAUUUGUUAAUGUGACAUUUUCGUAUUCAAAAGAUGAACUCAUUGAGUCUACCUGGAACUGUGUAACCGCUUAAGUUAGAAAAUUAUUACUUGUUGUUGAAAUGUGUUUGGAAUAACCACAAAAAGAUGAAUCGAAAAAAGGUAAUUCUAGACGACGAAGUGCCCAAAAUCGUGGUAAAUUGCGCGUCAAAUGACAAUUUACCAUACGCGGACGACGGGACCGAAUGUACGGACGAAGUGGAUGACGUCACACCGGAAGUUGAACAAACUGCACCGGAAAGAAGGGAGUCUCUGAGAAGAAACAGCAUUUCUUUGCCCAAUCUCGACGAUUUGGAGUUUUUGAAGGAUACAGUCGCCGUUAUAAGUGAAAAUGCAGAUGAAGAUAUAUCAGAAGAUGAGGAAUUUACAACUUUUAGAACUCCUCUACGUAAUGCUAGAAGAAAAUCAGUCACUAGUCCGAGAAUGCUUAGACCGCCAAGAGACGAAGAAUCUGGAAGCAACUCGCCAGUCAACUCGGUUGCGUCGAAUAAUUCGUUUGCUAGCUUAUUGCGGGAAAAAAUACAGAUUGUACCAGAAGCAUGGAAGAAGAAAUCUCCUGACUAUAAAACCCGAAUAUUCGUAUGCAUACUAUUCAUUACAAUAGUGGUUCUAAUAAUCUGCGCCUACUUCCUUUACCACCAAAAAAUCCUGCACAAGGCUUACUUCGAAAAAAUCAAACUGAACAACAUGAAAAAAGUGAUGCGAAUUUAUGACGACGACGGGAUGGAAAUCGUACAAGUCAAGUUGGGAACCACCGUGCAUUACGAAAAAAGUUUACCCUGUCUUCCAGAGGAUGUUAAAAAUGAUGGAAGUAAGUGUUUGGAGUGGAUGCACAGUGCCAGAUUGUAUAUUAAUGGUUAUAAGCAAAAUAGUCUUAAAUGUUAUAAUAUUAGGUGGAUAUCUUUAUCCAGGAAUACCGAUCCCACGGACUGUUUUAUUAUGAAUGGAGACCAUUGGUAUGGUGGAGGACAGACCUCUGAGAACGCCUGGCCUCUGGAAAAAGGAAACCACACUUUCCACCCCUUCAUCACUGGCAGAGUGGAUAAACACGAAUGGGGCAACGUAUUAAAGCGUUACUUCAUCUCGUCAAAAGGAGCCGCCAUCCAGAUAGACAACGAAUCUCCACUAUACGUGUCCGUAUCGGGCGAUACCCAGAAAGAGUUGUGCCUGAAAGCAAAGUACGACGAUUUUGCGUAUGUUAAUAAGUUUACGAAAACGCCCGAGUUGAAUUACACGAUUUGCGCGAGUCCAAACAUGUCGGAAUUGCAUUCCAAGUUGACUGAAAGUACGUUGUGGGAUGGCUUGAAGAAGGAAGAUAUGGAUGUUAUCAAUAAUUUGUUUAGCGAGCCUCUGUGGGAAAUAACUACAGCAACUAAGGAGGAAUUUACUGAAGAGCUUAUUUCAAAUUACACCGCCAACGUCAUCUCAGUACCAACUUUAAAAAUGGGUCACGUUCUGAUCAACGAAUUCUGGCAAGAACAUGUGGGAGAUUUCCAAGUAGACGACAACCGAUUUCCAACGUUGGAUAAAACGAUAGAAAUGCUGCAAAGACGUGGUUUUCGCAUAGUCUUAUCAGUCCAACCUUACAUCUCCACUGAGAGCUUCAAUUUUGCCGAAGCGGUUGAAAAAAGGUUGCUUGUGGCGGAGCGUUAUAGUGACAGACGAAUCCCAGCUUUAACGAGGUACAAAACGCUACAUAGCGCUGGUGUACUGGAUGUUACCAAUAAUCGUACUGUUCCGUGGAUGUUGAAAAAACUGAAAAAUGUUAUGACGAAAUACAAUAUAAAUUCAUACUUCCUGGACUUGGGUGUGGCCUACAAUAUGCCGCAUUAUUAUCAGUGUGAGAAAGCUCUAAAUAAUCCUGACAAAUACAAAACUAUUUUCGUGAAUAGUUUGCAAGGUAACAUACGUAUUUUUGGAGUAAAUAGUGCCGUAGAAAGGCCCAAACCCCCGGCGUUUGUAUUCCUACCGCCUUUCGAGUCGUCUUGGGAUGGUUUGAGAAGAGUCAUACCUACAAUUUUGACAUACGGGAUUCUUGGGUUUCCUUUCAUCAUCCCCGGGGCUGUUGGAGGUGAUUUUGGGCUACCGGAAAUUUCCAUAUACAAUAAUAAUACCGAUGAGUUGAUGCCAGAUCAGGAGUUGUACAUAAGGUGGUUGCAAUUAUCGACAUUUUUGCCGGUCGUAAGGUACAAGAAUUUCCCUGGGUCUUAUGGCGACAGUAAGGUUUUGGACAUGGCCACUCAGCUGACAUCUUUUAGGCUAAAAGAGAUAACUCCACUGCUGAAGAAGUUCUCAAAAGAAGCGAUAAACUUUGGUUUGCCCAUAAUUCGGCCGUUAUGGAUGCUGGAUUCCAACGACCCGGCCUGUCACACAGUUGUGGACGAAUUCUUGAUUGGAGAUGAAAUUAUUGUGGCUCCGGUUUUGUAUGCUGGAGCAAGACAGAGGGAAGUUUACUUACCGGCCGGAGUUUGGAGGGAUGGCAUAGACGAUAGCUUGAGAAAAGGCAGUAGGUGGAUUCACGAUUAUAAAGUGGAUGAAGGCAAAAUAGCGUAUUUUGAAAAAAUGCCCGACGAUACUAGAUUGUAGAUUGCAGCGUUAAUUUCAUUGAAUUCCAUUAUUUAUUAUUAUUUAGUCGCGCUCAUUUUCUUCUAUUGUGAUAUUUACCUGUUUAACGAGGGUCAAUAAGUCCUGACAAAACACUACAAAAACACAUUUUUUGGGUUGAUUCAUUUUAUUAAAGUUGUGAGUAAAAUUGUAGCAGAUAACAAAAAUUCCACACCAUGAAGUUGGCUGUUUAAGAGAAUGGAUACAAGUAAGAUUGGACACGAGUAAAAGUAGAGGGGAUCAUAUUUGCUUGUAUGUCGUGGCGUUAUAAAUGAGGGGCUGUGCAUAAGUAAGAGAGAAAUAUAAAUAAAUUAAUCCAAUAGGAUUGCCUGUUUCUUUACAACCUCCUUGACAUGACAUAUGGGUAUCAAAUAAAAGGGUAUGACGAGUAGACUUUUUUUAAAAUUCCAACAAUUUGUAUGUAAAACAUUACAAAAUUUAAAUUUUUUAUAAAUUACGAAAUUCUUAAAAUCGCUUAAAAUUUUAAAAUUCAAAUAUUUUGGUAAGUGACACAUUUGUGAAAUUUUUGGAUUUUAAAAAAAUUUAAAAUUUCCAUUUUUUUAA